CCCCGCGCUUUCCCACAGUCCUCCGCAACAGCGGCUAUGGAGGCCGGCAGGACGGCAGUCCUCCGAGUGAAGCGGAAGCGCAGCGCUGAGCCUGUCGAGGCUCUGGUGCUAGCUUGUAAACGCCUCCGAGGCGCCGAGGGUGCGUCGGCCGCUCAGAAGACUCCGGAGUGUCUGGAGAGCACGGCAGAGAACAAUGUCUUCCAGCUGGUGGCCACCGUGCGCUCCCAGGAGGAGCCAGUUCAGCCCCUCGUGCGGGCUGCCCUUCGCCCAUCCCGGGACAGCCAGCAGCGUAUCCGCCGCGAUCUCCGCGCCUCAGCUCGAGAGGUCCGCAAAGAAGGCCGCUACCGGGUGGUCUCCAGCCGCCGGGCCUCGGCGACCUCUGGCAGUCUGGAAGCCGAGUGCGCGCCCGAAUCUGCGGAGGAUGUAGGCUUCGAGCUGUUGGACCUGAUCCACGAGGAGAAAGACCCAGAGGCUGAUGCCACGGACUCCUGCAUAAUAGCUGACCCAGAUGUGAUUCUCUGCAAUUCUGUAGAGUUGUUACGUGAGCGUUUAGUUGUAUCUGAGGAUGGACCAGGAGAUGGGCACCAAGAACGGAAGCAUGAAGACUAUGUGUAUGACAUUUACUACUUAGAUAUGGCCACUCCAGGAUGGAUUGAGAACAUCCUUUCUGUGCAGCCCUAUAGCCAGGAGUGGGAGCUGGUGAACGAUGAACAACCAGCAGAGGACAUUUAUGAAGACGAAGAUGAUGAGAACAGUGAAAAUAAUUGGCGCAAUGAGUACCCAGAGGAAGAGAGCAGUGAUAGAGAUGAAGAUUCCAGAGGCUCUGGCUCUGAUGACAGCUUCAGUGAAGAAGGAGACAGUCACGUACGACAGGUGUGGAGCAAGUACCCUUUGGAUGUACGGAAGGCGUUUGACUACGACAACCCCCAGGACCUUGAUUCGGACUGACAGUCUUGUGAUGUCCAUGUAGUUCUUCCACAGGCUCUUGAGGGAUCUGACUAAUGUCAGCUGGCCUGGUGACAUCCUUUUAGGAUUCCUAACUGAGCAUAUGGAGGGAAAGCAUACCCAGAAACAGGGAAAACUUAACCUAAGAGAGUCAGUUUUUUCCUCUUACAAAGUAGAACUUGUUGGCCUCAACCAGAGGUGAUCCUACAAUUGGAGAAAAAUACUAUAAAAAUGAAAAGUUUCUUUCACUUUCUGGCUUAGGCUUUUUUUUCCUAGUAUAAAUCUGUGCUAAAGGCCAAAGAAGAAGCAGUAAGGUUCUACUUCUCCUGCCUCUAGUGCAAGCCCAUUCUCUCUGAUAAAAGAGGUAGAAAAGAACUA